GCACGCGCCAAAAUGGCGAGGUUUGAAUUCUUCUUGAUCGAAGAAAACCAAGCAUUUGGAAACAAAUAUCCCGGCCAAACUAUACUGAUAACAUUGAUGCCGCAAUAUUAAGACCGAAUUGGUCGUUGAUCCAACCACAUCGUCUUGUGUAGAGUAAUCCAUCAUGGCAACUUUGGCAAACGUCAAGAUCGACCGCGCAUUCUGGAAGGACUACCUCUCAGCCCAGGCAAGCCAAUUGCCCCACCUCGACGACGUAGAAGAUGUUACAGACAGAGUCGUCAGGGUGAUGGGAGGAAACCCCGGGGAGAUGCAACUCCAGGGAACCAACACCUUCCUCGUCGGCACUGGCAAAGCAAGGAUUCUAAUCGACACUGGCGAGGGAAUUCCAGUAUGGGCUGAACGACUGGUCGAAAUUUUAAAAGAAAGAGAUCUCCAUAUUUCUCACGUCCUACUUACGCACUGGCACGGCGAUCACACGGGCGGUAUACCCGACCUCGUUGCAUACGAUGCUACCCUCGCAGAUCGCAUUUACAAGUGCAACCCUGAUCCAGGCCAACAUGACAUUGAAGACGGUCAGAUAUUCGCAGUCGAGGGUGUCACUAUCAAAGCCCUCUUCACGCCUGGUCACGCCGUUGAUCACAUGUGCUUCUUACUCGAAGAGGAGAACGCUCUAUUUACUGGUGAUAAUGUGUUGGGACACGGCUUUACCGUCAUCGAGGAUCUAGCGCUGUACCUUCAAAGUCUCGACCGUAUGGCCGCACAGGGCUGCAUCAUCGGAUACCCGGCUCAUGGGGUUAGAAUCGAGAAUUUGCCAACCAAAAUCAACCAGUACAUCAGGCAGAAAAGGGGGCGGGAGAAGUUGAUUUAUGGGGCACUGCUCGACAGUAUGUUGAAUGGGGGACGAAACGCAAACAGCAAGUCCGGUUUGUCGACGAGGGAGAUUAUCAGUAAAAUCCACGGAGACGUUCCACAGGACCUGCUCCAGAGUGCAAUCGAGCCGUCCACGAUGGAAAUUCUGCAGAUGCUGGCUGACACUCGCAAGGUGGGCUUCGCUAUGCAGGGCGGCACGCAGCGAUGGUUCGUCAACAAAAGGUGCAAGGUGGCGACGUAGGGUAGGCCACUGGUCAUAUAUAUAGAGAGAUUAUAGAGCUAUCCGAAAGAAUGUUGUAAACUUCCAGGCGUAAAGCUGUUAUUGUAGCGCAAGGCGGGACUUGAACGCAAGUUGAU